AUCCACUACGAAUCCUGUUAAACAUACGCGCGAAAUUGAUGAUGAAUUGUAUUUUUCGGUAACAAGUAUGCUUUGUAAGAAACCAGAUUCUUUUAUAAACCGUGAGGAUUUGUUGGAUUAUAUUAAGCGACCAUUCAUCAGUGCGAUCGAUAUUUUCCAACUGAGUUAUGAUCGGUAUUUUCAGUCAGAACUCCCUCAAGAGAUUUUGAACAAUUUCUUCUAUUUAAUAUCAGGCGCCUGUCCCGUAAGAGGAGAGGAGAAAGACCCAGAUAAUUCGAAAGAUCCAGCAAAGAAGCUAACCUUAAAAAUGGAAUGGACGUAUGAUAAGAUAGAAGGGGUAUACAAGCUUUCAACAUAUGCAGAAACAUUGGCUGAUUAUUACCUUUAUUCAGGCAAAGUAUACCAGAAUUAUUUCAAGAAGAAUUCGAUGUUAUUUACCGAUCUAGAUCGAGAAAAGCACGCAGUUCCAUAUAUUGAUUACGUAUUGCAACACAACGUGACUGAAGGAACUAUUCCGUAUAUUAUUUUUACACUAAGGGGCGUACUAUAUAAACUACGAACGAUUAAUCCAUUAAUUAAAGCUAUAUACUACAUUUUGAAUGCAAUUAAGUAUCGAUGUUUGGUCUGUUGGGUACUUAAUUCAGUGAGACUUGGAAAAUCUGAUAAAUUAAAAGAUUACGUAGUAACUCAAUUAAUGGCGAAUGACGAAUAUGAUAGACUAACAUAUGGAGAUGCUUUGAGAAAAUUAUAA